AUAAUAAUUAAAACAUCCAUCUGGCAACAUUUGAAUUUUUAUAAUUUUUUUCAUUGAAAGUUUUUUUUUUUUUUAACUGAGAAAAAAAAGCCAAUAUAGGAAAAGUAAGAGGAAAAUAGUGAUCGGGUCAUCCGAACUCACCCAGAAGUCCAGUACCCACCAUCUGAAACCCGUGGAUCUAUUCAAAGAGCAUAUAUGAGCUUGUAGGUUUUAAGGAGGGUUUAAAGGCGACUGCUUUCGCCUUUGGCCUUCACUUUCCUCCUUCUGUCUUCGAGAUUUCUAAUUUCUGCGGUGUAUCUUUCUUGUCAAUGUCUUUAAAUAUCUCUCUAGUUCCCAUCCCCUCAUAUUUUUCUUGAAAGUCGGUUCUGUGUCUAACUGUCUAUCACUUGCAUCUUUUCUUUUCUGUUAAAUUUGGGGUCCUCUUCCGUCUCUGAUCAAUUGAAAACAUGUGGAGAAGCUUUGCCAAACGAGCUUCUUCUUGUCCCAAGAAGCUCAAAAUUUCCUCAAAUGAUACAAAAUUUUAUCAAGAUUCAAAUUUUCUCGAGAAAAUUAGGCCUCCAGAGGCUCAAACAUGCCUAACUUCUCCUUACUCGUUUCUGGGUUUUCGCCGAGUCGGUAUAUUAUCAUCACAAAAUGAUGAAUUGAGAAAACCCAGUUUCACUAAUUUAACGAAUCCUUUUGGUAUUUCUGCUUUCUCCAAGGGCUAUGCAACUGCAGCUGCACAGGCAAUUGUUUCAACAGACGAGUCGGACUUUUCUGCGUCUGAUGAACUCCAAGAACAUAUGGAGGAGAUCAGCAUACACAACCAGAAAAUGGAGAUACAAUUUAGGCCCCAGCAAAAGAAGACAAUAGCAGGUAUGGGUAUAGGAAAGUACAAUAUGCUUAAAAAGAGGCAAAUAAAGAUGGAGACAGAGGCCUGGGAGGAGGCAGCUAAAGAGUAUCAGGAAUUGUUAAUGGACAUGUGUGAGCAGAAGCUGGCACCCAAUUUGCCCUAUGUAAAGUCUUUGUUUCUCGGUUGGUUUGAACCUUUGAAGGAUGCAAUUGCGGCAGAUCAGGAGUUGUGUAAGCAGAAGAGCGGUAAGUUUUCUCACGGACCGUAUUUUGACGCAUUGCCUGCGGAUAUUAUGGCGGUUAUUACUAUGCAUAAGAUGAUGGGAUUGUUGAUGACUUGUAAUGGAGGGAAUGGGAGCGUUAGGGUGGUUCAAGCUGCCUGUGCAGUAGGUGAAGCAAUUGAGCAUGAGGCAAGGAUACACAGGUUCUUAGAGAAGACAAAGAAAAAGAAGAAGAGAACAGAAGAAAAGGAACCUAAAGGUGAAUCAGAUCCUGUGACUGCUGAAGAAGAGAAACUUGCUAAAGAACAGGAGAAACUGAGGAGAAAAGUCACUGAACUGAUGAAAAAGCAAAAGGUUCACCAAGUGAGGGGAUUAGUGAAGGAGCAUGAUGACUCAAAGCCCUGGGGUCAAGAAGCACAUGUUAAGGUUGGCUGCCGCUUGAUUCAAUUGUUAAUUGAAACAGCCUAUAUACAACCUCCAAUCGAUCAAUUGGGAGAUGGUCUACCUGAUAUUCGCCCUGCAUUUAUGCAUACGCUUAAAAAUAUCAUGAAAGAUGCACAGAAAACCAGCAGGAGAUAUGGUUUUAUUGAGUGCGAUCCACUUGUUCGUAAAGGCCUUGAGAAAUCUGCUAGGCAUAUGGUCAUUCCUUACAUGCCAAUGUUGGUGCCUCCUUUAAACUGGACAGGGUAUGACCAGGGCGCAUACUUAUUUUUGCCAUCCUAUUUUAUGCGAACCCAUGGAGCAAGACAACAACGUGAAGCAAUUAAAAGGACUCCAAGGAAACAAUUAGAGCCUGUUUUUGAGGCCCUGGAUACACUAGGAAAUGCCAAAUGGAGAAUAAAUAAGAAGGUGCUUACAGUAGUUGACAGAAUAUGGGCUAAUGGGGGCGCUCUUGCUGGUUUGAUUGACUGUGAAGAUGUCCCUCUGCCUGAGGAACCAGAUACAGAAGAUGAUGCUGAAAUUCGAAAAUGGAAGUGGAAAGUGAGAAGUGCAAAAAAAGAAAAUAGUGAGAGACAUUCACAGCGGUGUGAUAUAGAACUUAAACUUUCUGUUGCUCGGAAGAUGAAGGAUGAGGAAGGCUUCUACUACCCUCACAACCUUGAUUUUCGUGGUCGUGCUUACCCCAUGCAUCCAUAUUUGAAUCAUCUUGGCUCUGAUCUGUGUCGGGGCAUUCUGGAGUUUGCAGAGGGGCGACCUCUUGGGAAGUUUGGCUUACGCUGGCUGAAAAUACAUUUGGCUAAUGUAUGUGCUGGUGGUGUAGACAAAUUAUCCAAUGAGGGGAGGAUAGCAUUUACUGAGAAUCAUCUGGAUGAUAUUUUUGAUUCUGCAGACCGACCUCUUGAAGGAAGGCGGUGGUGGUUGGCUGCAGAGGAUCCUUUUCAAUGCUUGGCAACAUGUGUUAAUCUCUCUGAAGCAUUGAGAAGCUCCUCCCCAGAAACUACUAUUUCACAUAUGCCAGUCCAUCAGGAUGGUUCCUGCAAUGGUUUGCAGCACUAUGCUGCCCUUGGAAGGGACAAGUUGGGAGCAGCUGCAGUUAAUCUUGUUGGGGGAGAGAAACCUGCAGAUGUGUAUUCAGGAAUUGCUGCCAGGGUUCUUGAUAUAAUGAGGAAAGAUGCCGAAAAAGAUCCAGCAACUAAUCCAAAUGCUUUGCAUGCUAAGCUUUUAAUCAAUCAGGUGGACAGGAAAUUGGUCAAGCAGACAGUUAUGACAUCAGUGUAUGGUGUCACAUAUAUUGGUGCCCGUGACCAAAUCAAAAGGAGGCUAAAAGAACGUGGUUCUAUUGUAGAUGAUUCAGCUUUGUAUGCUGCAUCUUGCUAUGCAGCAAAGACCACCUUGAUGGCUUUGGAAGAGAUGUUUGAAGGUGCUAGAAGUAUCAUGGCCUGGCUUGGUGAAUGUGCAAAGGUAAUAGCUUCAAACAAUCAACCUGUUCGAUGGACCACUCCUCUUGGACUUCCUGUUGUACAACCGUAUAGACAGUUGGGAAGGCAUCUUAUUAAAACUUCCCUGCAGAUGUUGGCAUUGCAAAGAGAAACAGACAAGGUGAUGGUUAAGCGGCAAAGAACAGCUUUUCCCCCUAACUUUGUUCACUCCCUUGAUGGUUCUCACAUGAUGAUGACUGCUGUUGCCUGCAAACAGUCAGGUUUAAACUUUGCAGGGGUCCAUGAUUCAUACUGGACACAUGCUUGUGAUGUUGAUGAAAUGAACCGGAUACUUCGAGAAAAGUUUGUUGAACUCUACGAGGCACCAAUAUUAGAGAAUUUGUUGGAGGGCUUCCAAAAGUCAUUCCCAAAGUUGAAAUUUCCUGACUUACCAGAGCGUGGAGACUUUGAUCUGAGAGGUGUCCUGGAGUCUCCCUAUUUCUUCAACUAGUCUGAGCAAUAUACUAAUCUUGACUGAUCUGAAAUUGCACUUCGUACAUCUCUCAUUUAAUUGCAAGGUGAUGGCAGUUUAUUAACUCAUCCCUGUGCAAAUUUGUGAAAGUCACAAGUAUCCAACUGCUCAAUUGAGGAAGAAAAGGCAGAGAAGAAGAGACCUGAGGUAUGGACAACAAUGGGAUCCAACAAGGACAUUGUACCGUACAUAGGUCAAAAGAGAAAAAAAUGCGUAUAACCAUUUGCUGGAUAUGUCCCUCAUGCAAUCCUGGGACUUCUACUCCAAAUUUAGCCAUCAUUUUUGGGUCUGCCUUGGUGGAAGUAAAUGAGGAACUAAGGUAGUGUGAUGUGCAGAAUGGCAUGGAAGAACAGCCUCAAUUAUUACCAAUCAGGUUUUUUCUUUUAAGGUGGCUUUGCACAAAAAGGGAAUCAAAGCUGCAGCAGUAUAGUGACGGGAUAUUUUGUUAUUGAGAAGAUUCCAAUAAAUCAAAGAUGGAUGAGAGAUUUGCUUGCUGAACUGUGCUUCCAUCUUCUGGGAUGCUGACAUUACAAAUCUCGAUAGGUUUCUGAAAACAAACCGGUUUCAAGGGAAAGGUAACAUAGGAAAUUAGGAAUUAUACGGCAUGUAUUCUUUGUGGUAUCUUGCAGCCUCUAUGCUCAUGUUUUACAGGAUUUGUGAUUGCUAUAAUUUAAGAACAAGUACAAUUUAUUGCGAAGAUAAAUAAUACAGGCUCGAUAUUUUUAGACCA